GCUUUAAGCGCACAAAAGCGAGAGCAACAGAAGGGCAUAUCUGUCAUUUCGAAGGGACAGUCUGAUUUCUUCACUCGUCGUCGGACACAAUUUCCGUUCAACCGAAUUUUCCGACGAAGUUGUGCUCUCCGCUCUCCCUCGCCACCGCCGUCAUACUCAGCCGUUUCAUUCCGUCGUUUAGUUAUGGCAGAGAUGGAUAUUGACGAGAUGGACAUUAGAGAGAUUGAGGAUGCUGGGGAGAUCAGUCUGUCUGAGCUUGGAGAACAUUUUCUCCAGAACUUCUGCAAGAAAGCCGCCACAUCCUUCUUCGAUGAGUAUGGGCUUAUAAGUCAUCAGCUCAACUCCUACAACUUCUUCAUCGAGCACGGGCUUCAACAUUUGUUUCAAUCCUUCGGCGAGAUGCUAGUGGAGCCUUCUUUUGAUGCUACGAAGAACAAGGAGCAUGAUUGGAGGUACGCGACGGUGAAGUUCGGAGAAGUCACCAUUGAGAAGCCCUCUUUCUAUUCGGAUGACAAGGAGCUUGAGCUCCUCCCAUGGCACGCGAGGCUGCAGAACAUGACCUAUUCUGCUCGCAUGACUGUGAACGUCGAAGUCGAGGUGUUUGUUCAAAAAGUGGUCAAGAGAGACAAGUUCAAGACGGGACAAGACGAAACUGUGGAGAAGCAGAUACUGCAUAAGAGGAGUCAGGGCAUUCCGAUUGGCAGGAUACCCGUGAUGGUGAAGUCUGUUCUCUGCAACACAGUGGGAAAAGGGAAGAAUGGGGAAGAAGACCACAACAAGGGUGAUUGUGCAUUCGAUCAAGGUGGCUACUUUGUCAUAAAGGGAGCUGAGAAGGUCUUUAUUGCUCAAGAACAGAUGUGCACAAAGAGACUGUGGAUCUCUAAAUCCCCAUGGACAGUCUCGUACCGGUCCGAAACCAAAAGAAACAGGUUCAUUGUGCGCCUGGGAGAGAAUCAGAAAGCAGAAGACUACAAGAGAAGGGAGAAAGUACUGACGGUGUACUUCUUGUCUACUGAGAUCCCAGUAUGGAUUCUGUUCUUUGCACUUGGCGUUUCUUCCGACAAAGAGGCGUUCGAUCUUAUAGCGUUUGAUGGUGAUGAUGCAAGCAUCACCAACAGUCUAAUAGCUUCGAUCCAUGAAGCUGAUGCCGUCUGCGAAGCUUUUCGCUAUGGGACCAAUGCUCUAGCGUUUGUUGAAAAGCAGAUCAAGAGCACCCAGUUCCCACCUGACGAAAGUGUGGAGGACUGCCUGCGUCUCUACUUGUUUCCAAGCCUCAAAGGUUUGAAGCAGAAAGCACGGUUCCUGGGCUACAUGGUGAAGUGCUUGUUCAGCGCUUUUGCUGGGAAAAGAAAAUGUGAGAAUAGGGACAGCUUCAGGAACAAGAGGAUUGAGCUAGCUGGAGAACUGUUGGAGAGGGAGAUAAGGGUGCAUCUGGCACAUGCUAGAAGAUCAAUGACCAAGGCCAUGCAGAGACACCUCACAGGCGAUGGCGAUUUGAAGCCCAUUGAGCACUAUUUAGAUGCAUCGAUUAUCACAAAUGGGCUAAGUAGAGCCUUUUCCACUGGAGCAUGGUCUCAUCCUUUCAGGAAGAUGGAAAGAGUUUCAGGUGUCGUAGCCAAUCUGGGCCGUGCAAAUCCACUGCAGACUCUGAUUGAUCUGAGGAGAACGCGACAGCAAGUUCUCUAUACCGGCAAGGUUGGAGAUGCUAGAUAUCCGCAUCCCUCUCACUGGGGCAGGGUAUGCUUUUUGUCAACCCCAGAUGGUGAAAAUUGCGGUCUUGUGAAGAACAUGUCUCUCCUUGGACUUGUUAGCACUCAGAUUUUGGAGCCUGUGGUGGAAAACCCUCUUUGCUUGUGGAAUGGAAGAGCUGGUGGACGAUACCAUCACAUCUCUGUGUGGGAAACAGAAAGUUCUUGUCAAUGGAGACUGGGUUGGAAUCCUGAAUCCUUUGUUGCGGAGUUAAGAAGCAGGCGUCGUCAGCGUGAACUACCUCGUCAGAUGGAGAUCAAGCGAGAUAAAGAUGACAAUGAGGUGAGGAUAUUCACUGACGCUGGCAGACUACUCCGACCUCUCUUGGUUGUGGAGAAUCUCCACAAGCUGAAGCAAGAAAAGCCUGCACAGUAUUCCUUCGACCAUCUUCUUGACCAAGGGAUUCUGGAGCUGGUCGGUAUUGAGGAAGAAGAAGACUGUAACGCAGCAUGGGGAAUCAAACAGCUUCUGGAGGAACCUGAGAAUUACACACACUGCGAACUGGACAUGUCCUUCCUGCUGGGUGUGAGCUGUGCGAUUGUCCCAUUUGCAAAUCACGAUCAUGGGAGGAGAGUUCUGUACCAAUCACAGAAGCAUUGCCAACAAGCGAUUGGGUUCUCAUCAACGAACCCUGACACCCGCUGUGAUACGCUGUCCCAGCAGCUGUUCUAUCCCCAGAAGCCGCUUUUCAAGACAUUGGCGUCUGAGUGUUUGCAGAAAGAAGUGCUCUUUAAUGGCCAGAACGCAAUCGUUGCUGUGAAUGUUCAUCUCGGGUACAACCAGGAGGAUUCGAUUGUGAUGAACAAGGCUUCAAUGGAACGCGGUAUGUUCCGCUCGGAGCAGAUCAGGAGCUACAAAGCGGAUGUUGAUAGCAGGGACUCGGAGAAGAGGAAGAAGAUGGAUGAGCUGGUGCAGUUCGGAAAGACACACAGCAGAAUCGGAAGAGUAGACAGCCUCGAUGACGACGGGUUCCCUUUUAUUGGUGCUAAUAUGCACAGUGGCGAUAUUGUCAUCGGCCGAUGUACCGAGUCUGGGGCUGAUCACAGUGUAAAGCUCAAGCACACCGAGAGAGGGAUUGUGCAAAAGGUGGUAUUGUCAUCUAAUGACGAUGGGAAGAACUUUGCUGUUGUUUCUCUGAGACAGGUUCGUUCUCCAUGUCUUGGAGAUAAAUUCUCCAGUAUGCAUGGCCAGAAGGGUGUGUUAGGGUAUAUAGAGGAGCAGGAGAACUUUCCGUUCACGAUGCAAGGCAUAGUUCCUGAUAUUGUGAUAAACCCACACGCUUUCCCGUCUAGGCAAACACCGGGCCAACUCUUGGAGGCUGCGCUCUCCAAAGGAAUAGCUUGUCCCAUCCUGAAGAAGAAGGGUAGCUCUGAUGCGUACACCAAACUGACUCGUCAUGCCACUCCUUUCUCCACUCCCAGCGUCAGUGAAAUAACCGACCAGCUUCACAGGGCUGGGUUUUCAAGAUGGGGAAACGAAAGAGUCUACAACGGAAGAACAGGAGAGAUGAUGCGUUCACUCAUCUUCAUGGGCCCAACUUUCUACCAGAGACUUAUCCACAUGUCAGAGGACAAGGUCAAGUUCAGAAACACCGGACCAGUUCACCCGCUCACACGCCAGCCAGUCGCAGACAGAAAGCGGUUCGGCGGAAUCAAGUUUGGAGAGAUGGAGCGAGACUGCCUCAUAGCACAUGGAGCGUCAGCGAAUCUGCACGAGCGUCUCUUCACUCUGAGUGACUCUUCGCACAUGCACAUCUGCAGGAACUGUCAGAACGUGGCGAAUGUGAUCGAGAGGGCAGCGAGCAGCGGAAGAAAGACCAGAGGGCCAUACUGCAGAGUGUGCGAGUCUCCGGACCAUGUGGUGAGGGCUUGUGUGCCGUACGGAGCAAAGCUGCUGUAUCAGGAGCUAUUCAGCAUGGGCAUCUCUCUCAACUUCGACACCACACUCUGCUGAUUUCCCAUCACUUGUUGGUAAAUAAGUAUGGCUUCGAGCCUUAGACCAUGUUUAUCUCUAGUUUUAACCUUCAUGUUAUGUGUAGUUUGAUUCGGUUCCUCCUUUUGAAUUGUUCCUUGCUCCCUUUUGCGUGAGCUUUGACUCUUAACCGAAUCAUAAUCGGUCUCGACUCUAACCGGCUUGUAUAGUCCGGGUUUCUUUGAUUGGGACCAUAUAUUUUAUUUAAAUAGAUACGGGAAGAAUACCGGAAGUGAAUGGUAUAAGAGGAUACCAAAUAACAAAGUUAUUUGUUAAA